CGUGGCGUGGUCACGUGUUGCGCCGUGGUCUGUCGGGUGGUUGUCUGUGGAAGGUUCCAUGACUUGCUCGUUUAUGCUGCGAUAAUUAGUAAAUGCUUGUGAGAUAUACCUUAAACAGGAAUUCACUCACAGUUUCGACUUCUCUGAGAUGCCAGUCGUAUAAUGGGAAAACGUAAGCGCAACUCUGUGAACCCGUUCAAGAAGGAGAAGGAGCGGGCUAGCAAGAAGGGGAACCCCAUCUACCGCGUGGCCGGCGCCGGCUUCAAGGCCAAGUCCGGCUCCAGGAAGGAGGUGAACCUUCACAACCAGGCUCUCGUCGAGGCCUUAGACAAGCAGCUGGGAGAGCAGCAGAAGGAGCUGGCCCUCAAGAAGCCAGCGGAGAAGAAGCCGACGGACGUACCCAAGAAGCCAGCGAAGGCCUCCGCUGCGCUGCCGGAAGAGAAGUCGGUGGACGAGCGCGUCGACGAUCUCUCCGAGUCGCUGAUGCUGUCGUAACACCGGCUGCACUAGCCAGCGAGCACCUAUCGUAGUCAGCACACCGGUAGGCGCCGCCGCGAAGGCAACCCGUCCUGCGCUUCAACUCUGCCGGCGUUGCGCCGUUGCACCGAAUCUGCGUCUCAGCAGCCGCCCGCCGGGGAGCAGCGGCCGCCAUGGAGAACGACGUUCUUGACUGCCUGGAUGACCUGCAGUACCCGGGACCGUGCUCGGAGCCGGCGGCGCUGACGGCGGCGCUCGACGGCGGCCCCGAGUCGGCCCAGUUCCGCCAGCUGGUGGCCUGGCUGGUCGGCCAGCUCGGUCCGCUCUGCCACCUGGAGGAGACGGUGGCGGCCGAGAGCGGCGCCGACGACUUCCAGCUGGAGCUGAGCGGUGUGCUGCGCGAGCUGCGCUGUCCGCACGCACCACUGCUCGACGGGCCGACGCAGGCGCGGCUGGCGGCGCGGCCCGCGCGCCUCCUGCUGCUCGACUUCCUCUGCGGCGAGCUGCAGGCGGCGCGCAUGCUGGCGACCGACGCGCCGCCGGCCGGCCCGCCCACGGCCGAGACGCCCACGGCGGCGGCCCUCAAGCGCGCGCUGCUCGCGCUCAACUUCCCCAAGCCGCCGGCGCAGAUCACUCCGGCGCAGCUGUUCUCGAAGGUGGAGCAGAAGCUGGGGGAGGUGGUGCGCGCGGCGCCGCCGGCGCUGGUCGGCACGCCGCUCUGGAGCGGCGAGCUCAGCCAGCAGCAGUGGCGCCACCUGGAGCGUAUCGCCUCCGAGCUACAGCACGAGUACCGGCUGCGGCGCGAGAUGCUGCUGAAGCGGCUAGACGUGACCGUGCAGAGCUUCCGCUGGUCACCGCGCGCCCAGCAGCGCCAGGAGGAGGUGCUGGCGGCGUUCGGUGCGCGCCGGGCCGCCAUGACGCGCGAGCCGGCCGUCCAGCUGGCCGAUCUGCUGGCGGCGCGUGCCGACCUGGCUGUGGAGGAGCGCACCUGCAGCAGUCAGGUGCGCCGCAACACGCGCACCGGGCUGAACCGAGUCGUGAUCGGACCCGUGCCGGACCGCGGCGGCCGACCGAGCGAGCAGCGCGCGCCGCCGCCGGAGAUGCCCAGCUGGAAGCCGCGCGACGCUGGCCAGCCCGGCGGCAGGGGUGGGGCGGGCUUCCGUGGCGGCUUCCGCGGCGGCGGCCGGGGUUAA